CGUUGCGUGAGCUGGCAAAUCAUUUGGCUGCGUCCUAUGCUAUUGAGUCGUGUAUAAAAGCCAACGUAACGGUACUUGACGCAGAAAAACACCAUCAAGUUUCAAAUUUCAGCCAUGAAAUCCACUUCACUCACCACUGUAAUCAUCACUGUCGCAGCAAUGGCUGGCAUAGUUAUCGCAUCCGGCGACGGGCCGGACAUACCCUGCUCCCCUUACACAGGGGGGUGCUCGGGGGGCGUCAAAAAUUACAACAACGGCAACGCUUUCGGGUAUAUUUGCGGACCUGACGGACACAUAACGGCCUGGUAUCCAUGCUCGUGUCCAACUUGCUGUGGAGUAACUACGGGCCUUGGGAUGGUCAUUCCCGGAUGUACGACAAAACCAGUGCCUGGCAUGGAAAAAUUAGCAUGAUACAUGCAGGAGGUCGUGAAGGAGUGCUAUAAUGGAGGGUCAUUAUUACGCUGUCUCAUUGUCCAAAGAUGUUUUGUAAGUGUGAUGUCGAAUAAACUGGGCAAUAGACGGGGGCCACAGUGAUUUUCAUGACA